AUGGGGAAUGAGGGAAGUAUGGAAGGAGGGGAAGGGAUAGCUGGAUAUCCAGGGGGGGUGGUAAGUGAUGGAAAAGGGGGAUUCGUUAAGAUCCCUUCUGGAAUGGAGGCUGAUCUGAGCCAGCUGAGUGAAGAGGAGAGAAAACAGAUUGCUGCUGUGAUGUCAAGGGCGCAGGAGCUACCGAGAGGAAGCCAGCCGGAUCGCCCAAUGCAAAGGCAUGGAAUUUAUCUUAUUUUAUUGCUCUACAGUUCUGCUGAUGAUACCAAUUAUUCAAGGUUUCCUAUGAUGGGAGCUAAGAAAUUGCUUGUUGAAGAAAAUUCUAACGGCAACCUUCACAAAAACCAUAGCAACAUGGAAGAGGACUUCAACUUACAACUACAAGCUGUACUAGCCGACUUUGAGCAUCGACUGCAAUAUGUUUUUGAUCAGCUCAUGACGAUGGUACAAAACCAGAAUAUAACAUGGGAGCAUACAGAACCCAAUAUUAUGGUGACAGAGUCAGAAGAGAAUGACUUAACUAGUAACAAGAGGUCUCAGAUUUUGAACCUCCUACCUGACUCUGAAUGUGUUCAGGGCUGCUUGUCUGACACAAUGAAGACAAAAGCAGAGGAUCAGAAAGCUACCAAGCCUCGGCAAUAUGGUCACCAUAGCCAAGCUGCCACUGGGUACUACACCACAACCCAGUAUGCUAUAGAGCAGUCCAUGACCUCACCAGCUAGAAAUCCGGAAAUUGAUAAAAAUAUGUCCCCAAGACAUCCAAAACCCCCAGAUCCAGGGCCAGCUGGAAUAAGUAAAAGUAAAACAGUGGAUGCAUUCAAGCCAGAAAUGAAAACUCCUGGUCGGAGUCCUUCAACCAUGAGCUUGAGGGAACCAAGAUCCAAACAGGACAUUAAAGAGGAAUCCAAACCAAGUAUGAUGACCAGUUUUCUUUCAGACAGUAAUCCACUGAGUGUAGUAUCUUCUGUAGUAAACAAAUUUAAUCCAUUUGAUGCAAAAUCUGAUUCUGAAGGAGAUCACGAAGAACCUAAUAGAAAAGUAAAAAGUGCUGAACGAGAACAUGAAAAGAUUGAAGAUCUGAAAGGAAAACUUGCACAGCAACAGUCACCUAGACAGACACAACAACCAGGAGAUACUAAAUUUCAACCUACAAAAACUACAGCAUCAAUAUCAGUUCCACAUCAACCUAGUCAAUCUGUACUGCAACAAAAUGAAACAAAGCCAAUUUCCUUACAAAGCAGUCCAGUUAGGACCUCAACACAGCCCUCUGAUGCCACAAAACCACAUGCCCCCACACCUGUCCAAAAAGAACAUUUUCCUCAUGUAAGGGAUCCAGUGAAACCUUUAGUUCAAGAUUCAAGACAAGCUACCUCAUUGUCCCAGAAACCAGAACCUAAAAAGGAAUCCACCGGACAAGACAAGACAGCUGCACCCUUGCCACGCCCAGUUACAGAUAAACAACCCAUACAACAACCAGGGCCCCCAAAACAAUCAGUACCAGGUGACUCAAAGUCACAUCUUCAGCCAUCUCAACCUGUUAAGAAAUCUAAGGAGGAACUAGAUAAAUUAGGUCAUCCCCAAAGUACUGCCAAACAAUCUGUCCAACAGACUGGACCUAAACCUCCAUCACAGCAAAUGGUAGAAGCUAAAAGAACACUACCACAAGUACCUAUAAAACCACCAUUACAACAACCUGGGCCAGCAGCACAGACAUCAAGACAGCUUCCACCCACAACUUCAUCAAACGCAAAACCAUUACAACAGAAACUGGAGUCUACAAAGCCAACCAAUAGCAAGCCAACCUCCCAAACUCCAGUAAAACCAGCUCCUAAUUUACCACAGCCCAUAAAAGCAGCACCAGAGAAACCUGUUUCUUUAUCUCAACAGAAACCCCAGCUUACAAAACUAGAAGAUCAGUCGCAGCAUAUGAACAAAACAGCUGCAAAGACUAUGUGUCCUCUUUGUAAAACCACAGAACUUCUACUAAACAUGAAAGAAAAACCCAAUUACAAUACCUGUACUCAGUGUCAAACAACUGUAUGUAGCUUAUGCGGCUUCAACCCCAAUCCUCACAUAACAGAGAUCAAAGAAUGGCUUUGUUUAAAUUGCCAGAUGCAACGAGCGAUGGGCAUGGAUAUGGCUUCAGUCCCAACACCUACACCUCAACCUCCAAAGCAGAAACCUGUAAUUUCUGCAUCCCCAUCCAGGAAACCAUUAACAGAGGUUCACACUACACAGAAAAAGGAAGAAAGCAAACCACCAGAUCAAACGGUAACACAGAGUCCAAAAAAGCCACCAAUAUUAUCCAAGCAAGUCUCUGUAACGGACUCACCAACAAAAUCUAAGCAACCACCAGUUGAGUCGAAAGUGGAAAUAAUAUCUCCUAAAAUAUCUACAUCAGCCAAAGGUGACCAGUCAACUCCAGAAAAAAAACUACAUCAAUCAAAACAAGUGCAACCAACCCAUGGUGCACCACCAUCUCAAGUGCAGCAGACUAAACCUGAGUCUACAACAUCAAAGCCUGACAUAUCAACAGUACAAAAAGAUGUAAUUGCUAAAACUGAAGAUGUGUCAAAGCCAAUAAAAAAUGCACAUGCAGUAGAAGAAAAAAGUAGACAAACUGAUAAAUUGCCUUCAUCAGGUCCAUUACAAGAUUCAAAACAAUCCCCAGUAUCUGGAUUUGAAUCAAAAAUUCUACCAAAAAGUGAAAGUACAAAACUGAAAGAUGAUCCCAUGAAGGCUCCAUCUAAACCUGAGAUUAAACAGAUUCCAAAAGAACCACAGAUUCAAACUAGUCCAAAACCCAGUCCCUCACACAAACCAACUCCGACUCCACAACAAACUACGCCACAACCUACAAUGCAACCUCAAAAGCCUCAAAAAGCUCAAGAGCAAACAAGGCGCUUCAGUCUAAAUUUGGGAAGCAUGACAGAAACUCCUAAGCCUCAGCCUACAACACCCCAAGAUACUGUUACUGGAAAACUCUUUGGAUUUGGUGCUUCAAUAUUUAGCAAAACCUCAAGUUUUAUGUCCACUGCAGCACAACCGGGUCCUCAAACUCAAAGCACAACUGGAACAGUUUCCAAACAACCUCCUCAUUCACAGCAAACACAAGAAACUGCUCCACAAAAAGCAACUAAAGAACCAGUACCUGUUCCGCAGCCAGCAAAAACGCCAGCAAUGAAAAAAGAAACAAAGCCAGAGGUAGGAAAAGCACCUGAAGAGUCCAAAAUAAUAUCUGCAACAAAAGAGACACAGCAAAAAAACAUUCAAGAAAAGAAAGUGGAGACUCAAAGUCUUGAACCUAAAAUGUUUAAAGAAGCAGCAACUACAAAAGUAGAAAUGCCGGAACAGAAAACACGAUGUCCUUUGUGCAAAACAGAACUAAAUAUUGGGACUAAAGAUCCUUGCAACUAUAAUACAUGUACAGAAUGCAAGAGCAUUGUGUGUAACCUUUGUGGAUUUAACCCAACACCACACCUGACAGAGGUUAAGGAAUGGCUUUGCUUAACUUGUCAGACAAACAGAGCAAUGUCAGAACAACUUGGAAAUAAAAACCAGAUCCCACCCUCACUGGGAAUAUCUUUAAAGUCAUCUCCAAAGAAAGACACUUCUUUACCUGUUAAGACAAAAGAAAAUAUCACUGAUCAAGCAAUAAAAAAGGAAGUGCCUAUAGUUCCAGAUGGAAAAACAACCAUAAUAGCUGCACAUGUUGACCAAGAAACAAUUCAAGAAAAUAAAAUGGGAGUUAUUAAAAGCAUAGCUGAAGAUCUAAAGAAAUCUCUGAGCCCAGGAACUGUAGAUGGGCUUCCUGUAAAAGAACAAAAAGAUGAACUGAUAAAAGAUAUUGCUCUGGUGUCAAAAGAUAGGACAGAAACCAUUAUACAAGCAGAGGAAAAAAAGAUAUUGCCAAAACAUGAUUUGAUGAUUGAUCUUGCCGCAGUGAUGCUAAAGGAUGUUAACGAGGGAGAAGCCGAUGGGUUUGGCAGAUCUGAAGCAAGUCAACUCACCAAUCAGGACAUUGCAAAAGAAAAGACUGAGAAGGAAGAUGACAAAUCAGACACCUCAAGCUCUCAACAACAGAAAAGCCCACAAGGUCUGAGUGAUACUGGCUAUUCAUCUGAUGGAAUAUCAGGUUCACUUGGAGAAAUCCCCAGUCUAAUACCCAGUGAUGAGAAAGAUUUACCUAAAGAAACAUCAAAGCCGGACUCUUUUUCACAAGAAGGCAGUCCAUCAAGCCCUUCUGAUCUAGCAAAACUGGAAAGCACAGUUUUACCAAUUCUUGAGGCCCAAACUAGUGUUCUUGCUGAUGAAAGAAGAAAGAACAGUGAUUUGUUUGGAAUAUAUUCUGGUCAAACACAGGAUAGAGGAAAAAUGAAGAUGUUACCAAUAACACCAGAUUCAUAUAGUUCAGAAGAAGAAGAACUUGAAGAUAUUCAAGAAGAAGAUGAAACUUUGGAAGAGAAUGGUAAAGGAAGAUUAUCUUCACGGAGAGGUAAAGAUAGUACCUCUUCAGUAACAUCAAGGAGAGGCCAUGAUUCAUUGGAUGACAGUAGUGAGAGUGAAAAUUCACCUGUUCCACAAAGAAAACGAAGAACUAGUAAUGGAUCAUCAAGUAGUGAUGACUACAAGCAUGAAGACAGCCAAGGAUCAGGAGAUGAUGAGGAUUUUAUCCGUAAGCAAAUUAUUGAAAUGAGUGCUGAUGAAGAUGCUUCUGGAUCAGAAGAUGAGGAAUUCUUAAGAACAAAAUUAAAAGAAAUCAGUGCAAAUGAAAGUCUUAAGAAGGAAUCUAAAGGAAAAGCUACAGUAGCAAAAUGCAAACGGUUAACCAAAAAGAGCAGCACAACCUAUGAUGAUGAUGGAAUUAGAAGACAUUCUUGGCAUGAUGAUGAUGAAGAGGACGAGGGAACAUAUGAUGAAAGCCCAGAACUAAAAUACAGAGAAACUAAAAGUCAAGAAACUGAAGAACUUGCAGUAAGUGGAGGAGGGGGACUCAGACGAUUUAAAACUAUAGAACUAAAUAGCACUAUUUCCAGUACAUAUACUAAAGAAUCUGGGCAACAGUCAGCUAUUUUGUACUAUGAUGAAGAACCAGAAUUAGAGAUGGAAAGUUUAACUGAUUCCCCAGAGGAUCGAUCAAGGGAAGAGAGAUCAUCAAGUCUCCAUGCUUCAAGUUUUACCCCAGGUACAUCACCCACUUCAGUCUCUUCAUUAGAUGAGGACAGUGACAGCAGUCCAAGUCAUAAAAAAAUAUCAGGUGAAAGCAAACAUAGAAAAUCUAGACAUCGAUCCCAUGGACCUGUGCUUCCCACCAUUGAAGACUCUUCAGAGGAAGAAGAAUUAAGAGAGGAAGAAGAACUUUUGAAAGAGCAAGAAAGACAGAGGGAAAUAGAACAGCAGCAAAGAAAAAGUUCUAGCAAAAAAUCUAAAAAAGAUAAGGAUGAACUAAGAGCUCAAAGAAGAAGAGAAAGACCUAAGACACCACCUAGCAAUCUUUCUCCAAUUGAAGAUGCUUCCCCAACAGAAGAAUUACGUCAAGCUGCUGAAAUGGAAGAACUUCAUAGAUCUUCAUGCUCUGAAUAUUCACCAAGUAUUGAAUCUGACCCGGAAGGGUUUGAAAUAAACCCUGAAAAGAUCAUUGAAGUACAAAAAGUAUACAAGCUACCCACUUCAGUAUCCCUCUAUUCUCCAACAGAUGUAACUACUGUUGCAAUGGCAGAAAACAAAAAUGGACAAAGUCUAAAGAGUGCAGAAGAGGCAUAUGAAGAAAUACUUUACAAAGCAAAACUUUAUCAAAGUGAAAAAGAAAAGGAUGAUGUUUUUGAGAAAGAACCCUUAUAUGGGGGGAUGCUCAUUGAAGAUUAUAUUUAUGAAUCAUUAGUUGAGGAAAAUUAUGAUGAAGAAUUAGAUUCUGGCAUGUUAAGUGGUCAAAAAAAUGUAUUUGAGCAUAGAGUAAUCAAUGUAAAAAAUAAUUCUACAGAUGACAUUUGUAUAGAUGUUGUUCCAAAAAUAACACAUUUAGAAAAUGAAUGCUUUAGAGCAGAUCAAUUUAAUUCAGCUGAGCCUCAAGAAGACAUUGUUUCAAGUUCCUAUAUUGUUCCAGAAAGUCAUGAGAUAAUUAUUUUGGAAAACACAGAUGAAAAGCCUCCUCAAGAAUCAGAUAGAGGUUUUGAGCUUAUUGAUUGCCAAAAUAUGCAACUUACACCAGGAUCCAGUCCAACUCAGCCUUUUAAUGAAUUCUCCCUGAAAACAGACUCUUCACCUUUUACCUCUGUGGACAUAUGUGAGGCAGAAGAUUUUUCUUCUACUUCUUCUUUGGAAGCAUGCAGCAAUUUAAAUAGUUUAAUUUCCAUCCCAGAUGUGACAAUAACUCAGCACUUCACAGAAGAAGAUUUGGAAGAUGACUUGAAUUCUAAUGAAAAUAUGGAGAAAACACCAGAGUCAUCUGUAUCUGCAGCUUCUGAUAAAUACCAAAAACAUAGUGAUUUUAGAUAUGAUAGCCCUUCUGUAAAGGAAGAUGAAAAUUUCAGUUUUGCAAAUGCUGGCACAGAGUAUAUAAUAAAACAUGAUUCAGUGCCAGAUACCUACAGACCUAGUUUACCACCUGAGCAUGUAGAACCAAAUAUAGUAUCAGACAAAGACAUGCCUUUUUCUCAAAGUCAAGCAUCUGUUUAUUCUACAAAAUCCUCAACAGUGUCUUCUAUUGCUAACCAGUUUUAUGCUGAUUCUGUUACAAUAGUCCCUGAAACAUCUUGUUCAAUCACAGAUGUUUCAAACUUGGACCAUGUCAUAAUUUCAGUGCCUGAUGAUACACAAUUUAACACAGGAAUACAACCAGAAUUGUAUAAAAGUACAGUGGACAGCACAAAUUAUAAAAUUGAGCAAAGUGUGUCUGGUGCUUCUUCCUAUUUAUUAAAAAAUAGUUAUGAAAUGCCAGCUACCACAGAAGGCACUCCAUCAACUGUCCACUUUGUAUCCUCAGCAGGAGUAACAAGUAUUGUUACAGAUUCACAUGAAAUGUCUUCUGUGGGAUCUGUAGUGCCAUCUGUUACCUCAAAAGUUGUAUCAUUCUUUAGGAGUUCUUCUCUUGAUUCACCUGCUCCAACAACUGCUCCAGCACCACCUCCACCACCUCCUCCCCCACCAUUGCCUCCACCUACCCCACCUAAACCUGCAAUUUAUUCAAAAAAGAGAAUAGCACCUACAGUUCCUUUGCCAACAACAACAACUCAACAUGGUAUGUCUACAUCAACGGUUGAAACAAGAGCUCCAUCAAUUAAAAACAAUGCAACUCCUACUUUUAAAACACAUGCACCACCUCCACCUGUUCCUCCCAAACCAUCUUCAAUUCCUGCUGGAUUGGUUUUCAGUCACAGGCCAACAGAUGGAUCGAAAAUCCAGAAACUUACUAAAACUGUUCAACACCCUGUAACUAUGCAAAAGCCAACAGAAGCACAACAGAAGAGUAUAAUACAGUCUUCAGUCACAAAUAUGGCUCUAAAUCUGAUCCAAUCCACAGAUUACAAACUUCCAUCUCCCACCUCACCCAUGUCUCCUCACUCAAAUAAAUCUUCACCAAGGUUUUCAAAAUCAUCACUAGAAACAUAUGCAGUGAUUACUCUGCCAUCAGAACCUGGAACUCCAGUUGAAAAUGAUUCAGUUGAUACAACUUGUUGGCCUCUUCAGCCACCACUUCAAGAAAUAUCAUCUAUGGUACCUUCUUCUAAAGCUGAUCAAAAUGUAACUUCUUUUAAAAUUCAUACUGUUCCUAGUGUAGGAACAUACAUAAUAACAAAAGAAAUUACAAAGACCACAGUUUCUUUGCCUCAGAGUAUAAUAUCAGACAUACAUAUCAUGUCAGCCACUAUUCCAAAAGAAACAGCCAUUGCAGAGGAUUCUGAGUUUAAUCAAACUUCAAACAUAACUGAUCCAAAUGAUAUUAUUGACUUACGCACUUUGAGUAAAAUGGAUUAUAAAAAUAAUGACUCAGGGAUAGAUAUUUGCAUGGAUCUAUCUUCGGCACCACUAGAUGUAAAACUCCAAUCUUCAGCACACAGGCAGAUAAGUGCUAUACAACCUGCUAUAGUAAAUCUUAGCACUGCUUCACCAGCCACGUCUUCUAUUACACUCGUUACAGAAACAGUUACAAUUGUCACAUGCUCAACGACUGUAAGUUACACAUCCAGUUUAGAAAGCCUUGUUGACAUAGGGAAGUCAAUGGAAACCCCGUUAAAGCUGACCAAAUCUAAACAGUUUGAAGGAAGUUUACUUUCAAGUGAAGAGGUACCGAUUAACUUAUCUUUGGGUACUCCAACUCAUUCAAUCAUUUGUGCAUCUACAAAAACAACAUCCCUUUCUCCAGUAAGUGUAACCAAUGGAUACCAUGAUAUAUCUACAUCUCAAGAAUCAGUAGAUAGUGGUGUAGUGGACCUUAGCACUAGCAAGACACACAGAACAAUGGUAACUGUAGAUGAAAUAACAUCUGAUAUUGUUACUGCAAUAAUAGAUGACGAUAAACCUGUUGAUUUAACUGCAGGAAGAAGAGCUGUGUGUUGUGAUGUUGUUUAUAAUUUACCUUUUGGAAGAAGUUGCAUUUCUCAGCAGCCUGCAACAACUUUGCCUGAAGACCGUUUUGGAUAUAGGGAUGACCAUUAUCAAUAUGAUCGUUCAGGACUCUCUGGGUUUAGAGCUAUUGGGGGUAUGAAACCUUCAAUGUCUGACACUAAUCUGGCUGAAGCUGGUGUUUUCUUGUACAAAAGCAAAAACACUUUUGAUUUUCCAGGUGGAUUAACUGAAGCUGCUGUAGAUCUUACAUCUGGGAAAAUUACAACAGGUGAGGCUUUGGAUUACCAAACCAAGACCACAGGUGUUUAUCCAGGGACACGACAAGUUAUUUCUGGAAUUGGAAUAAGUGCACCCCAAUAUUCACAAGCCAGAAUCACUCCUUCAGUAGCAUCACAGUAUGGUAUAGGAAGUGUGUUAAGGUCAUCAAAUGGAGUUGUAUAUUCAUCUGUUGCAACUCCGAUUCCUUCAACAUUUGCUAUUACCACACAACCUGGUUCUAUUUUCAGCACAACUGUGCAAGAUCUAUCGAGUUUUACUACUAGUGAUACAAUAAGUUCAAUAUCAAACCUCAAUCAGACUCAGCCUUUACCACGACCAUAUAAUAUGUUACCUACAACUGCAGCAGAUGUGAAUGAUGUAAUGAUGGUAGUUGAAACGAGUUUACAAAGUUUUCCUAUGGAAGUUACAGAUGCUACACCAAGAGACUUGACAUCUAUUUUAACAACAGAAUCAGAAACAUUCUCUGAAAUGAUAGAAGAUGAAUCCACAUAUAUAAUUCACUCUGAGGAUGGCAAACAACAGCAACUUGAAUUGCAGCGUGAGCUUCUUGAGCUUGAGAAGCUGAAACAGCAGAGAUUAGCUGAAGAGCUAGAGUGGGAACGACAAGAAAUCCAAAGGUUCAGAGAACAAGAAACAUUAAUGGUUCAAAAAAAGCUAGAAGAACUGCAGUCUAUGAAGCAACAUUUGCUAUAUCAGCAAGAAGAAGAGCGACAAGCUCAAUUAAUGAUGAGACAGGAAACCUUUGCUCAACAGCAGCUACAUCGUGAACAAAUUCAACAACUUCAUCAUCAACUGCAUCAGCAGUUAGAGGAGCAGAAAUUACGUCAGAUGUACCAAUAUGGUUAUGAACCUGGUGAAAACUCUUCUCCUCAGACAACUUCAGAACAAGUCAUUUUGGAAAGUCAAUUUCAAGGAGCUAGUGAUAGUCAGUUCUGGUCAGGUGAUCUGUCAUCAACUACAACGUCAGUAGUUGCUGGAAUGGAAAUACCAUCAAAUGAAUCAUGGUAUCCAGUUCAGCCAGAGGGUAUGCCACAGUAUAUAGCCAGACCUGGUAUACUAAACUCUGUUUCAGAAAUUUCUCUUAAAGAUAUUGAUAUUAAUGAUGACAGAAAACUUAAAAAAAGAAGUUCUAUGCCAAGAAUCUGUGGUAUGUUUGAUGAAGUAGAUGGAAACAUACAGGAUGAACCAAGAUCAUAUAAAUUAAUUGUAGACAGUGGAGUACAAACUGAUGAUGAAGAUGCAGCUGAAAAGGGAUAUACAGGCAGACGAAGAAGAACAAAAAAGGGAGUUGAUACAAGUGUACAGACCGACGAUGAAGAUCAAGAGGAAUGGGAUAUACCUUCAAGAUCAAGAAGAAAAUCACGGACAGGAAAAUACAGUGAUGGUCACACAGAUGCUGACAAAUUUAAGCAGUCUAAAGUAUCCAGCAUUGCAGUUCAAACAGUUGCAGAAAUGUCAGUACAAACAGAACCAUUUGGAACAAUUAGAACACCUUCAAUAAGAGCAAAGGUUGAUGCAAAAGUUGAAAUAAUUAAACACAUUUCUGCCCCUGAAAAAAGCUGUAAAGGGCAAAGUUUAGGAUGUCAAACAGAAACAGAUUCAGAAUCCCAAAGUUCUAAGUAUUUGAGCGAUGUGUCUCAAAGAGACAAAAGACGCCCAACACCCUUAGAAAUAGGCUAUUCAUCCCACCUACGAGCAGAUUCAUCCUUGCAAGUGGCACCUUCACCUCCAAAAUCCCCAAAAGUUCUUUAUUCUCCCAUUUCACCACUGUCACCAAGCAAGGCUUUAGAGUCAGCUUUUGUUCCUUAUGAAAAGAACAUAGUGGAUGAUAUUGGCCCUCACAAACAGCAUACUGAUGGCAUCCAAAUUCCACCACCCAGUCCCAAAUCCCCAAAAGUCAUGCAACGUUCCAUGUCUGAUCCAAAGCCUUUGAGCCCUACUGCAGAAGAGGCAUCAAGAACACAAUUUCAGUAUUCAGAUGGAUAUAUGACAAAGGGGAACAAAACUUUUCAAAGCGGGACGCAAAAGAAAGUGAAAAGAACUCUCCCAAAUCCUCCACCUGAGGACGCUAACAGCCUUCAGUCGCCAUAUGGUACAGUUGGAUCAGCUUCUCGUAGAAGAAUUUGUAGGACUACUACAAUGGCUAGAGCUAAAAUUCUUCAAGAUAUUGACAGGGAAUUAGACUUGGUGGAAAGAGAAUCAUCAAAGCUAAGAAAAAAACAAGCUGAAUUAGAUGAAGAAGAAAAAGAAAUUGAUGCCAAAUUAAGAUAUCUUGAAAUGGGUAUCAACAGGAGAAAAGAAGCUUUAUUAAAAGAGAGAGAAAAAAGAGAAAGGGCAUAUCUUCAGGGUGUAGCAGAAGAACGUGAUUAUAUGUCUGACAGUGAAGUUAGUAGCACAAGACCAACAAGAAUAGAAAGCCAUCUAGGCUUAGAUAGGCCUCAGACUGCUGCCCAAACAGAUUUUAGCUCAUAUUUACCACCACAAACCCAAUCAGAAUCUCAGUUUGCUCCUCCUACAAGUCCAUAUACUCAGUAUCAGUACCAAACUCCAACCUUGCUUACUCAAGCACCAACACAGUAUCCUCAGCAAUCCCAUUUCCCACCAUCAUUGUACCAUCAACAAGUGUCCUCAUAUCAAUCUCAACCUACAUUUCAAGCAGUGCCAACUAUGUCUUAUACUCCUCAACCACAGUCUACAUCAUCCCAACAAACAUCUUAUCAGCACGCAUCCCAAAUGAUGUUGUUACAACAAAAAUCAAGACAAGAUGCUUUAGAUUUAGAUUCCAAGAUAACAUCACACUAUGAUGUAAUCAGAAAUCAACCUCUUAUAAUAGCACCUGUUUCAAGUGAUAACAGCUACUCUGUUUCUCAUCUGGGGAACAAAUACAGUACUUUGGACUUGAGAUUAGGGUUAGAUGAAAAGAGUAGCAUGGCAAGUAGUCCAAUGUCUAGCAUAUCAGCAGAUUCUUUUUACGCAGACUUAGAACAUCAUGCCUCUAGGAAUUAUGUGCUCAUUGAUGAUAUUGGAGAGCUUACCAAAGGUUCUGGAUCACUGAGCUCUGCUUUUGCACUUCAUGACAAAGAGCUAUCAAAAGCUGAUCGUCUUCUUCGAACUAUAGAAUCACGAAGAACCCCAGAAGUAACAGACUUUUUAUCUCCUCUUCCAACUUCUUCCAGAUUACAUUCAUAUGGAAAAACUGAUGAAGAUUCAAUGGAGGAUCCAUAUGAAUUAAAACUUCUCAAACAUCAAAUUAAGCAAGAAUUCAGAAGAGGUACUGAUAGCCUGGACCCUUUGUCUGGCUUUUCUCCAUAUUAUCAUUCAGAUAGUCUUUAUAGGCAUUUGCACAAGAAUGAAAAAUAUAGCAUUGGCAGGCUUACGUUAGAAAAACAAGCAGCAAAACAGCUUCCACCAGCCAUUUUGUACCAAAAACAGUCUAAGCACAAAAAAUCACUUAUAGACCCUAAAGUUGCUAAAUUUUCUCCAAUCCAGGAAAGUAGAGAUCUAGAGCCUGAUUAUUCAAGUUAUCUUUCCUCCAGUACUUCUUCAAUUCCUAGCAUUUCCUCAAAAGUAAGAUUACUUCAGGAUGAUAUUACAUAUGGCUUGAGAAAAAACAUCACAGACCAACAGAAAUUCUUGGGUCCUGCUCUGGUACAGAAUAUUGGGACAACUCUUACUCCAAAUAUAAGAACAUCAUUGCAAGAUGAAGUUGACAAACCUUAUGCAAGUGGUAGUAGAUCAAGACCUUCCUCUAGGCCAUCUUCUGUUUAUGGACUUGAUUUGUCAAUCAAAAGAGACUUAUCAAGUUCUUCAUUGAGACUUAAAGCUAAUGAGGCAGAACAAAUAGAUGGUUCAUUCAGUCAUGUAGCACCUUCUGGGAGAACAAAACCUUCCAGCCUGCCUAUUAGUCAAAGUAGAGGAAGAAUCCCAAUAGUAGCACAAAAUUCUGAAGAAGAAAGUCCAUUAAGUCCUGUUGGUCAGCCAAUGGGUAUGGCAAGAGCUGCAGCUGGCCCAUUACCACCAAUAUCUGCAGACACCAGGGACCAGUUUGGUUCAAGUCAUUCUCUGCCUGAGGUGCAACAACAUAUGAGAGAAGAAUCACGAACUCGUGGGUAUGAUCGAGAUAUAGCAUUCAUCAUGGAUGACUUUCAGCAUGCCAUGUCGGACAGUGAAGCCUAUCAUCUGCGUCGUGAAGAAACUGACUGGUUUGACAAGCCAAGAGAAUCACGUUUGGAAAAUGGCAUUGAGAGAAAACUAGCAGACAAAUUAUCUCAUGCACGGCAGUCUCAACAACAGGAACAAGUAAGAUAUUUUGAGAUGAAUGGAAAACCUGUACAUUAUGUGUUUCCUUAUGCAAGAAUUAAACUUCAGCGGGAUCCAAAGGACCACACAGUUUCAGGGAAUGGUUUUGGAAUAAGAGUUGUUGGUGGAAAAGAGAUCCCUGGAACUCAUGGAGAAAUUGGAGCAUACAUUGCAAAGAUACUAGCUGGCGGAGGAGCAGAGCAUACUGGCAGACUCACUGAAGGAAUGCAGGUUCUAGAAUGGAGCAACAUUCCACUGACAGCAAAGACAUAUGAAGAGGUGCACAGUAUUAUAUCUCAAUCAAGUGGGGAAGCUGAAAUAUGUGUAAGACUAGAUAUGAACAUGUUCUCAAAUUCUGAAACCCCCCAAAAUCUGGAGGUCCAUGACCCAGGGAAGGCUGUGGAGAAAACCAGGUCUCCUGGUGUUGAUCCUAAACAACUAGCAGCUGAACUUCAAAAGGUAUCUCAACAACAAGCUCCAUCUGCAAUAGAGAAAGGUUCAUAUAUCCAUUCUGGAACAACAUCAGCAGCUUCCAGUGCCGUCCCUAGUCCUGGUCAGCCUGGGUCACCGUCAGUAAGCAAAAAAAGGCACAGCAGUAAGUCUACAGAAACCAUAAAAGUGCCCACCCAUCCAAUUACUGGUGAAAUUCAGCUUCAGGUGACUUAUGACAAACACCUUGGCAAUCUCAUCAUUCAUAUUCUUCAAGCAAGGAAUCUUGUUGCCAGAGAUAACAAUGGUUAUUCAGAUCCAUUUGUGAAAGUAUAUCUGCUUCCAGGGAGAGGCCAAGUCAUGGUUGUCCAGAAUGCCAGUGCUGAGUACAAGAGAAGAACAAAAUAUGUGCAAAAAAGCUUGAAUCCAGAAUGGAAUCAGACUGUGAUUUACAAGAACAUCUCAAUGGAGCAGAUUAAGAAGAAAACUCUGGAAGUAACCGUUUGGGACUAUGAUAGAUUCUCUUCCAAUGAUUUCCUUGGAGAGGUGUUAAUAGAUUUAUCUAAUACCUCUAAUCUUGACAACAUGCCACGAUGGUACCCAUUAAAGGAACAGACUGAAAGCUUUGAUCAAGCAAAAUCUCAUUCAGGUCAAAAUAAUCAACAAGUAACUAAACCAUCAGUAAUUAAAAGCAGAAGUCAUGGAAUUUUCCCUGAUCCAUCUAAAGAUAUGCAGGUUCCCACAAUAGAGAAAUCUCAUAGCAGUCCUGGUAGCUCCAAGUCAUCUUCUGAAGGACAUCUUCGAUCUCAUGGACCAUCACGUAGCCAAAGUAAAACCAGUGUCACUCAGACCCAUCUUGAAGAUGCUGGAGCAGCCAUCGCUGCUGCUGAAGCAGCUGUCCAACAGCUUCGUCUUCAACCAACAAGGUCAAGCCCUCAUAGGACUACAGAAUCAUCCGUGUCUACUGCUUCCUCAGUCAGUAGCGUUGGCAGCGGAUUCGGCAUGGAGAGUGAAAGCAGCAGUACAACUGGGGAAAGCAAUGUGUUUCCUGUUCCAAGAAUAGGGAAGAUGAACCAAAAUGGACAAGACCUGGUUUCACAGUCUGGAAUUGGUCUUGGUGAUAAUGAAGGGAAAACUCAGGUGAUGGGAGAAAUUAAGAUUGCAUUAAAAAAAGAAAUGAAAACGGAUGGUGAGCAGCUAAUAGUGGAGAUCUUGCAAUGCAGAAAUAUUACAUAUAAAUUUAAAUCCCCUGAUCAUCUACCAGAUCUGUAUGUGAAAUUAUACGUUAUUAAUAUCGCUACCCAAAAAAGGAUUAUAAAGAAGAAAACUCGAGUUUGCAGGCAUGACCGAGAACCAUCAUUUAAUGAAACCUUUCGAUUUAGCAUGAGCCCCGCUGGUCACUCGCUUCAGAUAUUGCUUGUCUCAAACGGAGGAAAAUUUAUGAAAAAAACACUGAUCGGUGAAGCUUACAUCUCUCUGGACAAAGUUGAUCUAAGAAAAAGAUUAGUUAACUGGUACAAACUGUUAGUCAGUCCUACUCAAACACAUUGA